CAAUCGAUCUGCUUAUCAGCUGUAGGCGGUGAUUUCAUCUUCGUUUAAAAAGUAUAUAUUUUAUUAAUCGUACUACGCUCAUAUUUGUGGAAUAUUAUAAAGAAAUUUUCGAAAUGGCCUGCGAUAACUUGUCAGCAGUAUUAAACAAUGGUGAACUUAUUCUGGAAAACAGACCAACACCUGAACCUUCAUCUAAUGAGGUUUUAAUUGCAAUGAGCUCUGUUGGCAUUUGUGGCUCUGAUGUUCAUUACUGGAAACAUGGUCGAAUUGGUGAUUUUAUUGUUGAUGGUCCUUUGGUACUAGGUCAUGAAUCAAGUGGUGUCGUCAUAAAAGUUGGUGAUAAAGUUGAAAACUUAAAAGAAGGAGAUCGAGUGUGCAUAGAACCUGGUGUGCCAUGUAGAAUGUGUGAGUUUUGUAAAGGUGGGCGUUAUAAUCUUUGUGAAAGUGUGAAGUUCAAUGCUACUCCACCUGUUGAUGGCUCUCUUUGUCGAUAUUAUUGUCAUCCAGCUGACUUUUGUUUCAAGUUACCUGAUAAUGUCACAUUAGAUGAAGGUGCUUUGAUGGAGCCACUCUCUGUUGCUGUUCAUGCUUGUCGAAGAGCUAAUGUUACUGCUGGAAAAUCAGUUUUAAUCUGUGGAGCUGGACCUAUUGGAUUGGUCAAUUUGUUGGUAUGCAAAGCAUUAGGUGUAACUAAAAUUUGCAUCACAGAUAUUUGUGAAAAUCGAUUAGACAUGGCAAAGAAACUUGGUGCUCCUCAUCAGAUUUGUGUAAAAGGUAAGGAUGUUUUGCAAGAGGUAAUGACAAAGCUGGGAGGUCCACCCGACAUUACAAUUGAAUGUAGUGGUGCAGAGUCUAGCAUUCGACUUGGUAUAAAGGUUACAAAACGUGGUGGUGUUUUAAUGCUGGUAGGUGUUUGUGCUCCUGAUACCAAAAUACCUAUUAUUGAUGCUUCUAUUCGGGAAGUUGACAUUAAAGGCAUUUUACGUUAUGCAAACUGUUAUCCCACUGCAUUGGAAUUGGUUGCUAGUGGGGUUGUGGAUGUUAAACCAUUGAUCACUCAUCACUUUAAGCUGGAGGAAGUGAAGAAGGCAUUUGAAACUUCUUAUUCUGGUGCUGAUGGUGCCAUCAAAGUAAUGAUCCAUUGCUCUAUGUAACCAAAUAGAAAGCUGGUUUUGGCUUUCUUAAAAAAUACAAAAAUUAUUAAAAUUUAUAAAUUUAUUUUUAUGUAACUUUAUUGACAAAGGAAUUCUUAUUGAUGUACAUCUUGUUGAAUCUUAUAUUUUUAUGUACUUUUAUUCUGAAAAAUAUGUUGAUUUAAAAUACAAGUUAGUAAAAUACAGUGGUUAUUAAGUAUUCAAAAUUAUUUUUAAUAUUCUGCUGAGAAAAAUAUAUUUUAUAUUUAUCUGUUGAUGUAAUAAAGUAUAGAUCAACUAUGAUUUUAUGCAAAUGUGCACUCACAUUUUAAUUAAAAGCAUAACUAAAAAUUAUGCAGUUUUUCUGUUUGAAGGAUUGAUUAUUUCAGGAGAUCUAGCAUUCAUAAUUUACUGAUUAUAGUAUAUCAGUUAGAUAUGCUACUAUUUUAAUUAUCUUAGAGUGAUACUAUGCUAAGUCAGUUCUGAUUAAAUUUCUUUUUUAUUAAUAAUUUGAUUUAUUUUUUAUUAUUCUUUAAGUUUGUAAUAUGAAUCAAGUUUUCUUUUACUAACUCAUUUUUCAGAUUCCACGUUAAUUUCUCACUACCUGUAGUGAAGGGUUUUAGAAAACUUUAAGCAAAGAUUAAUUAGCUUGUCUAAAAAAACUUGAGAUUUUAUUUUCAGUAUUUAAAAGAAAUCAGUUAUGAAAUGUUUUAAUCUUUGUCAAAACUGGUAAUACAGAAAUCUUAAUUUUUAAAUACACAAAUAAUAUAAAAAUUCAUAAAAUUGUAUUUUUCUCUUUGUUUAAUUAUGAUUUACAUUGAGAAAAUAUAUUGAAAACAAUGAUUAUUAGUAAUUAUCAUCAAUUAAUGAUUAAUUAUCAGAAAAGCUUGAAUGAAUCUUUUUCAUUUAUAUUAUACAAUGAUGUGUUAAUGGUUUCUUAUGGUGGAAUUAUGUUCCUUUUAAUAAUACUAACUGUUUAAAUUUGUUUUUUAAUGAUAUAAACAAAGUAAUGUACAAUGCUAUUUCACUGAAAAUAUGAAUCAAAAUUUUAUUCAUCAUUUGAAAGACACUGGAGUGCUGAAGUCACCGUCAAACAACAGUAAACAACAACCAAAUAUGGUUACAGUAGGUUACUAAGUGUUGAGACAAGGGAAAAGACAGAGGAAAUUCAAAGAGCAAUUAAAUAUCUCUCUUUCAAAAGGGAGAGCAAUUUUUCAUUUAUAUUAAAUUACUAUAUAACAAUAAAUACAAUAUUCAUUAGGACAAAUGAAGAGACAACAGCUGCCUUUGGAUACAAAAGGUGAGAAGCAGUGAUUGCAGAAGAACAUUUUUUCAAUUCUUUCAAAUUUGCACAUUUUUUCAAUUCUGGGUUUGAAUACAUAGCACACAUAAUAAAAUGCUUUAAAACUUUUAAUUUGAAAAGUAGUGAAGAAAAGGUUUUUUAAUAAAUACUGUCUUAACUGUUGCUCAGUUACUUUUAAAUGUUCUGUAUUUGCCAUGAAAACAUUAUUAUUCUCCUUAAAACUGCUUAUAAUUUAAUGCUGCUUGUUUAAUUAGCAAUCCUGAAGUAAAACUCGAUAGGAGAAAAAUCACUAUAGUUAAAAUAUUUCUUUUAUUAUUAAUUAUUCUUUUUAAAUUAAGCGUAAAUUGAUUAAUUAAGUUUCUCGCAUCUUUUUGUUCUUCCUUCUAUUUUUAUAUUAUGUAGUUACUCAUGCUUCUCUUAUCUUUUUUUUUUAUGAUAAAAUAAUCAUGUUUGUAUUAUUUAAUGCUGAAGACAUAUUAUUUAAUGCUGAACCCUUGUAUUUUUAACAAAACAGCUGAGAAGCAUAUUAAUAAAAAAUUAUUUAAUGAAUGAUUGGAAACUAUAACGAAUAUCUUUUUGUAACGUAAUAUUUUUAUUGAAACACACACACACACACACAUAUAUAAUAUGUUUAAUGUAUUCACAAUGCUUAACACAUUGUAGUUAUGACUCAAGCUCUAGUAUAUUAAUUGUAACUAAGGAUAACUGGCUUCUAGGAGAACAUAAAAAAAGAAAAAGAAGAGUUCAGAGAUAACUUACAGAACCGAAAAUUUAAUCAUAUAGUGAAGUUCAAAUAAUAAACAAUGGAAUAAGUUUAUUUUUUAUUACAUUUUUUUUAUAACAACCUUUCACAUGAAGAGCAGUUUCUCUCUGCAAGCUAGAUGAAAAUGUUCAUAUUUUCAGUAUUUUUUGCUUAAGUAUAAAUUUGAAAUAGCUUUGUCAGAUUCUUUUUUUUUAUGUUAUUAUUGCCUACACAAUUGUUUUAUAAGUAUGUAUUUGUAGUAAUGAUAAAAAGUAACAUUUACCCUGCCCAAAAAAAAUUCCUUUUUUUUUUGUUACUAUAAUGCAUCGUAAUUAAGAUUUAAAAUAAUACUACAUGAUUAAAUCAAAUUUUCUUUUGAGACUCAGAUCCUAAAGAUUGCAUCAAAACAUUUUUCAAGCAGUUUUUAAGUUCUCUGCAAUCACAUGUGGCACAAAGGUUUUAAGGGCCGAAAAUCACAAUAUAUGCAUUAAGGGAAAGUAUGAAGCUGAUCACCACACCAAUGUGAUUGUCCAUAUUAGGUCAAUGCAAUUGGGAAUCUUCACAGUUUACUCUGUAAUAGAGUAUAUUUUGCUUGUCAGGUUUAGAAGAGAUCACACCAAAACUGUAUUAGUGAUUCUGUACUAUUACAAUACAAUUUAGUGAAAUUUUUGGAUUGAAAUCAAGAAAAAAUAAAAUGGAUGAAUAAUGUAAAAAAUAUGAAACAGUGUUUAUAAAGAUAUAUAUUAAGAUAUUGUCCUUUGAUAUUCAUUAGCUUUAAUCUUAAUAUGCCUAAUCAUAUUUCUGUUUUAUGUAGUAGCUAAAGAGUUGUGUAGUCCAUAUAUGGUAAAGCUUUCAAAUAAUGUGAAAUAAUUAAUUAAAAAAACUGGAGAAUAUUGUAGUGUUUCAGAUUAAUAAAAAUGAAUAAAUGUCAUUGUUGUCUAGAAGCAUAAUUCUCUAAACACUGAAAAAGAGUUACAUGCAGAUUUGCUUAGUAAGUUUUCAAAUAUGCAUUGUAUGUAGAAUAUGCUUUCAAAAAGUGAUUCAAUAACAGCAUCAUAAUAGUACAGAAUAGGCCAGUAAACUUUUUUAAUAUUUAUGUAUUGAGGCAUAGACAUAAAAAUUUGUAUGUUUUUGAAUAAAUUUCUGCUUUUUAUUUUUCA